GACGCCGGCUAUCACGUGCUGAAAGUUUCUCGUUUAACAUCAAAAACAUCAAAAACAACACCAAAAUGUCAUCGGAAUGCGAAUGUGUCAUCAAUAAGUCGAGCGUUACCCUCUUGCCUCUGGUUUUGGCGUUCAUCACGUGUCCUGCUGCAGCUGUUGAUGUUGAGAUCGAGUCGCAGGAGGUGAUGGAAGGAAACAAUGUCACCAUCUCAAUUCAAAUCAAUAAACUGGAGAAUGACCCUCAAUUUCUGUUUAUGCUCAUGAAAGGCACUUUAAAGGAUCCCAUUGCACAGUUAAAUUGCCAUUUUCAUACCUGCACACGCGAGUGCUGGAAAUCUGGAGUGUCACUUGAAUUCGACGAGGAGAGUGUCACGCUGACCCUGCUGAACGUCAGCCGCAGUCAAUCGGGGAUUUACGAAGUGUACAACCUGAGUAGUAAACAAAUGAAAAAUAAGAUUUUUAAUGUAACCGUUUAUGAACCCCCCCCAGAACCUCCCCCCUCUUCCAUGUACAUUACUUCAUCUUUUACUGGUAUAACUACAGCUGCUGUUAUUAUGGUCAUCUUGGUGAUCAUUGGUGCUGGUGUCAUCUGGAAAUAUAAAUGUUUUAGAAAGAGGACUGAGGAAAAUCAGAACCAGCCGCAAGAAAAUGAGAUAAUGCUGGAGCAGCCAUCAGGAAUGGAGAACUAAGUGUUUGUGGAUUACACACAUAUCAGAUCUGGUCAUAAAGGAUGCAUUUUUGCUUUGUUUCAAUGUUUCACACAUCUAUGUUUUCUCCACGACCACUUAAGGCUCUUUUCUUACUUUGUGUAGCUACAACCUGAUGCCAUUUUUUUAUUUAUUUUAUUUUAAAGGCAGUGUGUGUACACAACCACUCUAUAAUGAUAAAUCACCAUUUUUUUUAAUCACCAUUAAUCAUAAGCACUGCCUCAGAAUAGCUGUUCGCAGAUUCCCAGGCCCCGCCCACUACUGUUUUGACCGGGAACACAACCAGUGUAAUAA